AUGAACCUAAGACAAGUCUUUGUGUCUGUACUGAUGUUUGGAGUAGCUGGUCUACUCCUCUUCAUGUAUCUGCAAGCUUGGAUUGAAGAACAACAUACAGAGUCUGGAGAAAAAUUGCAACAACAAAUAAUUAAUCAGGAUUUCACACUCCCACCUCCAGGGAUGCCGAGGAGAGCUGCAUGGAGCAGGAACACUCCUCCUGGCCUCAGUAAGGACGAGAUGACCGUCUCGGGCCACAGGCACUGGCGGGGCAAGGCUGACCCUUUUGGUGUGGUGGCUGCCUCCCUGGUGAGCCGACUUUCUGAGCAGCAGAAGAUGAGCAAGUCACCCCUCAGCCAGUUCAGAGGGGUAUACUUACCUCCUGCACUCCACCCUUUAAACAAGACAUUAGUCAAGGGUGGCAAGUGGAAGGAUGUGGAUAGCACCCAGGAAAAGCGCAGGUCCUUCCUGCAUGACUUCUGUAAGAAAUACAACAGCAGAAAAAAGCUGCAAACCCACCUUGUGCGCUUGGUGUCAAGAAUUUAUGUGGAGGACAGGCAUAAGGUCCUGUACUGCGAAGUGCCAAAAGCAGGCUGCUCCAACUGGAAAAGGGUCCUCAUGGUGCUCAACGGACUCGCUGCUUCGGCACACAACAUUUCCCAUGACGAUGUGCACUAUGGAAAGCAUCUAAGGAAACUGGACAGUUAUGACCUAAAAGGGAUACACACACGGUUGCACACAUACACCAAGACUAUAUUUGUACGUGAUCCUAUGGAAAGACUGGUAUCUGCCUUUAGGGAUAAGUUUGAACAUCCAAAUAGCUAUUACCAUCCAGUAUUUGGGAAGGCAAUAAUUAAGAAGUACAGACAUAACGCAAGUGAAGAGGCAUUGAAAACAGGAUCGGGAGUUAAGUUCAAGGAAUUUAUCCAAUAUUUGUUAGAUUCCCAUCGCCCAGUAGGAAUGGACAUUCAUUGGGAGCAAGUCAGUAAGCUCUGCUAUCCCUGCCUCAUCAACUAUGAUUUUAUCGGAAAGUUUGAAACCCUGGAAGAAGAUGCCAAUUACUUUUUGCAGCUGGUAGGUGCUCCAGCUGAGCUGAAGUUUCCUAAAUUCAAAGACAGACAUUCCUCUGAUGAGAGAACAAGUGCAGAAGUAGUGAGGCAGUACUUAAAGGAAUUGUCUAAGGAGGAGAGACAGCUGACCUACGACUUCUAUUACUUGGAUUACUUAAUGUUCAAUUAUACAUCACCAAUUGUAUAG